UGUAUGUAUGUGAGCAGUGUGCAAGCCGAUGCCAAUAAUAUUUUUCUUGUUUUUGAAUAGUUUAUCAUUAUUUGUUCCGAGUUUCGAGUUUUAAGUCAGUAAUUUAACAGUAUAAUGACUUUCCAAUAUAUUGAACUAAACAGUGAUCCAGAACCUCUAAUUCCUGGCACGAUGGAAGGGAGUUUAAGUAAAUUGGGUCAACCAGACGAGUUUAUAGGGAUGAAAAAUCCGUCAACGAACAAUUUCUCGUGCAACACCGAAAUUCCAGAAAGGCCUGAAAACCGAAAACCCACAGAUCAAAAAUUCCUGAUUGCAUUUGCCGUUGCAGUGAUUAUUCUGCUUCCGUUCCUUAUAUAUACAUUGGUGUACUCUGAUCUUGACCAUUAUAAAGGCUAUGACCAAUGUGGUAACGUAUGUGGACAGAAAAAUAAGAAGUAUGAUAAUUGGGCUUGUAGUGGAGAAGAUAAUACAAACAAACCGUAUUUACUGUACUACACCAGUGUUCAUAAUUUAGAAGGAGAAAGAAAAUGUGUUGAAAGAUGCGAAGAUGGAGAUUAUCCAGGUAACGGUGCGUACUGUACUAAGAUUACAUCAAGUGAUGAUUUUGGGGAUGGCCUAUCUGAUUACUUAAACAAACAUGCUGGGACAAUUGUAUUCGCAUGUUUUCUAUCACUAGGUGUUGGAUUGAUAAUGUUGUUCCUGUUUAAAUCCGCUACAGAUGUAGUUGUUUGGGUCGGUCUAGUAGGAGCUCUAUUUUCUGGAACCAUUUUUGUACUGCGGACAUGGUACGUUUAUUUCAAUUUUCACCAUGUAAUGGAAGAAAGGAUUGGUAACGUGAAGUACCUGAAAGAGGUGUUUCUAUUUGCCGCUCUAGUUUAUACUAGUUACAUAUCGAUACAGUGGUUUCUGACUGUAUUCCGUAACCAAAAGAUACAAUUAGUCAUUAAGUUAAUAAAGGAAGCUACAAAGGCCGCUUCUGAUAUGCCACAAUUGUUUUUUAUUCCAAUAAUUACAUUCCUCAUGGCGUUCCUUACUCUGGGACUUUUAGCUUUCACUACAUACUUCAUGUACUCAUCAGGUGUUUUAACCGAACUGAAACCAGACUUUUUGUACUACAAACAAAAUACCGCGAUGCAAUGCGCAAUGAUUUUUAACAUUUUCAUUGCUGUCUGGAUUAUAAUGUCUAUCUUUGGAGUACAGUACAUGGUUAUCUCUGGAGCUGUUACGAAAUGGUACUGGUCGAAAAACAAGAGGAGCUUGGAGAGUCCAAUUUGCUCCAGUGCUAGAUUGGUCUUCAAAUAUCAUCUUGGUAGUGUUGUGUUCGAAUCUUUGAUAACACUCAUUGCUCUCCCCAUCAAUAUGUUCAUAGGAGCCUUUGGAUUUUGUCUAAGGAUCGUGUCCAAAAAUGCUUACGUAUUAAUCGCUAUGCAUGGUACACCUUUCUACAAAUCUGGUAAAAAAGCAGCUAAAGUUGUGUCCCAGAAUGCUAGCAGCAUUCUUUCUAUUAACUUUGUUGGCGAUUUCAUAUUGGGAAUAGCACAAGGAACGAUAGUACAAUUAUCUGUCUUGAUCACCUUGAUACUUACUGGUUUUAGUGCUGAUGCCCCAUGGUUUUUCCUUGUUGUUGUUUACUCAAUUGUGGUCUUCGUAUCGUUCUUCGUUGCCUUUACUUGCUUUUCAAUAUUUGAGGCGGCAGUAGAUACGAUCUUCCUCUGCUUCUGUGAAGACAGCCUCUUGAAUAACGGGAUGGAACGUCCAUACGCUAUGUCUCGUGACCUAAUGGAAUUUGUUGACCACUCCAUGAGGGUCUGGAAGCAAGACGAGCGGUUUGCCCCCAUAAUGCAGGGUAUGGAUAUGGGGUGUGCCCCCAUAAGCGAAGCAUAAACCGACUAAUUUUUUGACAUUUCUACCUCACCAAACCUUUUUUUAUCCUUUUAGCGGGCGCGUCUCUUAAUUUGUCAUGAGAGGGCGUGUGUCGUAAAUUUUACGUGUUUGUGUGAAUUAUGUUUUUUUU